AUGUGGGACCGGCUGCGGGGCAGUCGGGCGGCGGGCGGCGGGCGGAGCGCGGCCGCGAUGGCGCAGCGCGGCGAGAAGGGGCCGGCGGCGGGCGAGGGCGAGGGCGAGGGCGAACCGCGGGCCGGGGCCGGGGCCGAGCGGGGGCCGAGCGGGGCCGCCGCUCCCUUCCAGCCCCCCGAGGGCGGCUUCGGCUGGGUGGUGGUCUUCGCCGCCGCUUGGUGCAACGGCUCCAUCUUCGGCAUCCACAACUCCUUCGGGAUCCUCUACAUGAUGCUGCAGAGCGACCUGGGCGAGGGGGAGAAGGACCCCGCGCUGGAGUUCAAAACAGCAUGGGUCGGCUCCUUGGCCAUGGGCAUGAUUUUUUUCUGCUCUCCCAUCGUCAGCAUCUUCACCGACCGGAUCGGCUGCAGGACCACUGCAGCCUCGGGAGCUGCCAUCGCCUUCAUCGGACUCCUCUCCAGCUCCUUCACCAAGUCUCUGGAAGUUCGUUAUUUCACGUAUGGAAUCCUCUUUGGCUGCGGCAGCUCUUUUGCCUUCCAACCCUCGCUGGUUAUCCUUGGUCACUACUUCAAGCGCCGCCUUGGCUUGGCCAACGGCAUCGUGGCCGGUGGCAGCUGCCUCAUUUCCGUGCCGCUCCCCUUCUUCCUGAAGAUGGUUGGGAAGGCCAUUGGGCUGGCUCAUACUUUCCAAGUACUCAGUGCCUUAAUGCUCAUCCAGAUAUUCUUGUCCCUGACCUAUCGGCCCAUCUUGCCACCAUCUUGUGACUCUCAGCACGAUGGGCAGGACAAGCUGGGCAGCCGGAGCAUGCGGCAGCAGUGCUGGUCCCAGACGCGCAAGUAUUUCAACUUGAGGGUGUUCCGGAGAAAGACCUAUCGGAUCUGGGCCUUUGGGAUCGCUACUGCUGUCCUGGGAUAUCUUGUACCUUACAUGAACCUGGUAAAAUACGUGGAGAAGCGCUUUCAAGAAACCAAAAAGGACUGGAUUCUCCUGGUUUGCCUCGGAGCUAUGUCAGGGCUGGGGCGUUUGGUUUCGGGUCGUAUCGGUGACUGCAUUCCUGGGCUGAAGAAGAUUUACCUGCAGGUUGCAUCCUUCAUGCUGCUGGGCAUCCUGUGCAUGAUGAUCCCCCAGUGCCAAGGGUUCGAGGGCGUCAUUGUCAUCUGCCUCUUCCUUGGCCUUUGCGAUGGCUUCUUCACCACCAUCAUGGCCCCCAUUGCUUUCGAGCUGGUGGGGCCCAUGCAGGCGUCCCAGGCCAUAGGGUACCUCAUGGGGCUGAUGGCUGUGCCCAUGACCGCGGGUACGCCGAUAGCAGGAUACCUCAAUGAUUAUUUUGGGAAUUACGACGCAGCCUUUUAUUUUGCCGGAGUCCCCCCCAUCAUCGGCGGCUUGGUGCUCUCCGUCGUCCCGCUGGUCCAUCAGAGGAUGCUGAAGAAGCAACGUCUGGAUUCAGGCAAAGACAAGAUGCUGGUGUCGGAGGCGGUGGUGAACGGGGAGCUGCUGCCGGGCUGUCCUGCCUCCGAAGCACACAUGUAAACCCUCCGCUCCCCGACACUCCCUGUCGCCACCAGCAGCCCCUCCAGAGCCCAAGCACAGGCCCUUUUCUAGACGGACCGUAAUUCUCACUGAUCGCCGAUGCACUAUGUUUGUUAAGGAAAGAACAUAAAAAGUUCUUCUAGUUAAAGGCUUUUAACUAGCAGAAACGCUCUUUUUUUGGGACAGUUUUGAUUUCAAAGCCGCCUUUUUGGUUUGGUUUUCUCUCUUUUUUUUUUUUUUUUUUUUUUUUUUUUUUCCCCCCCUCUAACCAUUUUUCUAAGGAGAACUCUCACCAGGAUUCAAACUUGAUUGAUCUCCCGCCCCGCUCCCUGGUUUUCUAUACGUCACAACAGAGGUUUACAGCUAAUAAAUGCCUUUUUAAAGCAGGCCACAGAUGGAGCUUGUUGAACCUUGCAGCGGUCCAUCCUUCUCCUCUGGUGUCACUUGGGUGUCACGUCCGAGACAGCCCCCUUCCCGUCCGACACCAGAGGCUGUUUUGGAGCCAGCAGAUCUGAAGGAGGAAAUGCUGCUUUAGUCCAAUGCACAAACCAAAUAAAUGGUCGGCGAGUCCCGCUUUAAUCUUCUUCUCUCCUCCUUUUCCGCUGCUCUCCCACACACCCAGGGAGCUGCAGCUGGGACGAUGGGGAGCUCGGCCAGCUCCAGUCCUGCCGCCCUCCUCGAACGGAGCCUCACGCAGCACCCCCUUCCUGCAAAAUAUGCCUUAAAAACGCGUGGACAAGACCAGCACGUCCCCUCGGCCACUUUCUGCCUCCGUUUUCUCGCCCGGCGCCCAAUGAUUGGGCUUUUUGACGUGCAAAAGAGAGGGGCAGCUCCCAGCGCAGCCCAUGGCGGGCGAACCGUGGGCAAGCCGCCGAGACGGGCACUUUGGAGGCGUCAAGGCACGCAGGGUUGGGACAGAGCCCCGCGUGCCAUGGGUUCGCUCCGUGCCGGGAGGAGCAUCCCUGCGCCCAGGGAUGUGGGGAUGCAGCCGGCUCGGGGCGCAGGGUGCCACCGCUCUUUUUUUUUUGGUGUGUGGGGGGGGCUAGUUGUGUAUUAUGCAGCAAUAACCACAAGUCAGUGUUGGCAGGGGAAGCUCGGUGUUUCCAAAAGGUUUAAAAGCUCUGGCGGCGUUUAACUCGUAGCCCGUGCGUUGCCGUGCAGGGGCAGUGCUGUCCCCAGAGGGGAGAGGGGGCGAGAGCUCAAGAAAAUAGCACAGCCCAUGGGUACCCACCACACAGAGCGCAGGCAGAGCUCAGCCUCAUGUAGAAAUUCAUCAUCUCCAGGCAUUGCUAACGAGCGUGGCACAGAGCAAGAGAAGUCCUCCUGCCCCAGUGGGUCCCCAUGUGACCGAGGUGCUGACUGGGACCGGGGUACAUUUUCCUGGGAAUAAUAAGCAAGAAACAAAGCUCGUACUUCUCCUGGCUGCAAAACCAUCCUUCAUUGGAUUUUUCCUUUUAUUCACCUGCCAUUAAAGAAUGAGAAGCCUAACGAGGGACAUGGUGCCAUGGGAAUCAUCCCUCAGUCCCUGGGUGAGUGUGGGGGUUUGUAACACCAAGACAAGGCUUUGCUGUGGAAACUUGGUUUCAGUGGAGGACCCUCCUGCGGGCAGCGGUGGGACCUUUGUAUAUAGGCUCAGGAUCCUGCAUGCCCCUCUGGCCCUGUUUUUAAUCCACGUAGGCUAAUGCAUUAUAUGGUCUUGUGGUCUUGUGGCCCUUCUGUCCCCGUAACGAGCUGGAAAAUUAACUGGCGUGUUGUGACGUGUCUGUUUAUGACUAUAAAACGAGAUGUCCGUUUGUCCCUUCCUUCGCUA